AUGAGAAGCUUUUGGCACAAUAAGUUACUAUUGGUAUUUGGCCCUAGACCGCCUCUCAACUGGGUGCUUGUAUGUCUUGUUAGUGUUUUAGUUCUUAUCACGUUGUUGGGAUCUUCUUCUUCUCGUGCCUUUGAUUCUAUUACUGAUUCCACGAGACCCGACCUUUAUUCUAACUAUAGAAAGUUGAAAGACCAAACUGUAAAUGAUUAUUUGGAGUUGAAAAAACUGGGGGCCAAUCCUUUAAAGGAUUUUGAUCUAUGUGCUAAAGAGAGAGAGAAUUAUGUUCCUUGCUACAAUGUUUCUGCCAAUCUUCUAGCUGGUUUUAAAGAUGGGGAGGAGUAUGAUCGUCAUUGUGGAUUAUCACAAGAUCGACAGUAUUGUUUGGUUCGUCCCCCGAAAGAGUAUAAGAUUCCUUUGACUUGGCCAAGUGGUAAGGAUGUCAUUUGGAGUGGAAAUGUGAAAUUGAGCAAAGACCAAUUCCUUUCAUCUGGAAGCAUGACGAAAAGGCUCAUGUUGCUGGAAGAGAACCAAAUUUCAUUUCACUCAGACGAUGAUGAGAUGAUUGUUGAUGGUGUCAAAGAUUAUUCCCAUCAGAUCGCUGAGAUGAUAGGAUUGGGAAGUGAUGCUGAAUUUCGCGAAGCUGGUGUGCGCAGUGUUUUAGAUAUUGGCUGUGGGUUUGGUAGCUUCGGCGCUCAUUUGCUUUCACUUAAGCUGAUGACUCUUUGCAUGGCAUCAUAUGAAACAACUGGUAGCCAAGUACAGCUUGCUCUUGAGAGAGGUCUCCCAGCAAUCAUUGGUAGCUUUAUCUCAAAGCAACUACCUUUUCCUUCCUUAUCAUAUGACAUGGUUCACUGCACUCAGUGUGGUAUUGUCUGGGAUGACAAAGAUGGGAUGUUUCUAAUUGAAGUUGACAGAGUACUCAAACCCGGAGGUUAUUUUGUUGUAACCUCACCUAAAAGCAAGGAGCAAGGAAGCACUUCAACUCCUAUGGGAGAAUACCCCCAAAAACUUUGUUGGAACCUUGUGGGACAGCAAGAGGAGACUUUAAUCUGGCAGAAAACCAGAGAUGCCCAGUGUGUUUCUAGCAAGCAUGGCACUUUCCCCCUUUGUAAUGGAGAAGAUUUCCAAUCGUACUACAAACCACUCACUCAGUGCAUAAGUGGGAUUGCCAGCAGCCGUUGGAUCCCAAUUCAAAACAGAUCUUCUGGUUCUUUGAACUCUGCUGAGCUUGCAGUCCAUGGAAUUAAUUCUGAAGAUUUUGCUGAAGACCUGGAGUUCUGGAGGUCUUCUCUGCGAAAUUAUUGGUCGUUGCUUUCUCCUUUGAUCUUCUCUGACCAUCCAAAGCGGCCUGGUGAUGAAGAUCCAAUGCCUCCAUACAAUAUGGUUCGAAAUGUGAUGGACAUGAAUGCACAUUACGGAGGUUUGAAUGCUGCCCUACUGGAAGCUAGAAAGUCGGCAUGGGUGAUGAAUGUUGUGCCCGUCGGUGAACAUAAUACCCUUCCGGUCAUUCUUGAUCAAGGCCUUGCAGGCGUCUUGCAUAACUGGUGUGAACCUUUCCCUACAUACCCUCGGACAUACGACAUGCUUCACGCAAAGGGACUUCUAACACACAUUGCUUCAGAAAAAUGCAAUAUCAUUGAUUUGAUUUUUGAGAUGGACCGUAUUCUUCGUCCUGAGGGAUGGGUUAUAAUAUCCGAUAAGGUUGGUCCCAUAGAAAUUGCACGUACCCUUGUUACCCAGCUCAGAUGGGAAGCUCGGAUGAUCGAUCUUCAGAAUGGCAGUGACCAGCGUUUGCUCGUGUGCCAAAAACCGUUCGUGAGAAAAUGA